AGGAUGCGGGGGGCGUCGCGGCUGCUCCCGCCGGUCUGGUAGCGGCUGCCGCGGCUGUGCGGCCCCCGGCCCGGCGCCUGCCUGCCUGCCUCCCAUGGCCGAGUAGCCCCCCGCCCAGGGAGGAGGUCGCCCCGGGCCGCCCCGCCAGCCAGCCCCCCCCCCGCCAUGGCCUUCACCUUCGCCGCCUUCUGCUACAUGCUCACGCUGGUCCUCUGCGCCUCGCUCAUCUUCUUCGUCAUCUGGCAUAUAAUCGCCUUUGACGAAUUGCACAUAGAUUUUAAGAAUCCCAUCGACCAGGGCAAUCCAGCCAGGGCAAGAGAGAGGUUGAAAAAUGUGGAACGGAUCUGUUGUCUUUUGAGAAAACUUGUGGUUCCGGAAUAUUCGAUCCACGGACUUUUCUGUCUGAUGUUCCUCUGUGCAGCUGAAUGGGUGACUCUGGGCCUCAAUAUCCCUCUCUUGUUCUACCAUUUGUGGAGGUACUUUCACCGCCCGGCAGAUGGUUCUGAAGUCAUGUACGAUGCCGUCUCUAUCAUGAAUGCUGACAUCUUAAAUUAUUGCCAGAAAGAAUCAUGGUGCAAACUGGCUUUUUAUCUGUUGUCUUUCUUCUAUUACCUGUACAGUAUGGUUUAUACGCUGGUGAGUUUCUAACCUAGCCAACCAAAGGGGCAGGACCCUCCAAUCGACACCCCCCCUUUGGACCCUCCGGGAUGAAUGGAGACCCCCCCUUUCCUUCUGGACUUUGAAACGCAAAGCCAAGACGGACUCACCCGUGCCUGAAGCCGAUCAAGCCACCACCGCCUUUUUUUUUUCCAGAGGGGUGGAGCGUAUUUCUGUUCCCCCCCCCGCCGCCCCCCCGUGAUCCAGAAAA